GAUUUUUUCUGAUGUGAUCAACUUUGCCUUUUUAUUUCACUGAUUUUUUUGCAUAAUUUGCAAAAAGAAUUGCUAAACUAUGAGAGCGAAAGAAAAGAGAUAGAAUAAGAAAUACAAGGAUAGAAACGGGAAGGAAAUAGUGAACAAGAAAGUUGUUUGAGAGAGUAUAUAUAAAGUAGUUUUUUUUAGAAUUUACCUAUAUAAUGGCAAAGUGUUUGGGUAUGUGUUGUUAAAUGGUCCUUUUUUUUACUCACAUUUCGAUCGCUUUUUGGCCCGCAGAAAGUUCCCGAAUUGAUUGAAGUAACGCAAGCCCCAUAAUUGUUCCUCCAUUUCUUCUCCGGCGAAAUCGACUCCAAAGCAUGGCAGAGCAAAUCCUCAGCUUAGGAGUCCUCAUAGAUAUUGUGGAUGAGGAAUGGAUGCGAGAUACUUUGCCUGAAGAUGAUCUCCCAUUACCACCCGUACUACUUCCAAAGACCGACGACAAUGAAGACUCAAAUCAAGAGGCUCAACAAGUUGAUGGGGAUACAUGGCAUGACCUUGCAUUGGGAAAUCCAUGACAUUAAUGAUCAAGCUUGUGAAUUGGAUUUCCAACAAUUGUCAAUUUGUCUUCUUUUGUAAGUAAAUUGCUAGUCAUGUACUUGAUUAGCAUUGAACGUUGUAUGAAAACUAAUUUCAACUGUUCAUUCGCUCUAUAUGUUUGUCAAUGGUCAUCUUCGAAGUGGCCCACUUAGUAAUCUUGUCAAUCCAUGCUCUCUAGUGGGUAAUAGAUCCAGGAGUGCUAGCAUGUUAGUGGAUGUUAAGUUCAUCCCAUUGCUCCUGAUAGUUCAUACCAAAUUGACCAUCUUGUUGUAAUAGUAAUUUUAUUUUAUAUUUGGCAUGCAGUUUAUAUA